AUGGAGGCGGAUGGCGUCAGCUACAAUGCCGCCAUUAGCGCCUGUGAGAAGGAGCAGUGGCAGAUGGCACUUCUCCUUUUCCAGGAGAUGCUUCGACAACAUCUGGAAGCUAGCGUGAUCAGUUUCUCCAGCAGCAUCAGUGCUUGUGAAAAGGGGAGCCGCUGGACCAGCGCCCUUGAUCUCAUGGAUCUCCUGCAUUGUCAGGCACAGAUGGCGCCAAAUCUGGUGACCUACAAUGCUGCUAUCGCUGCUUGUGCCCACUGCUUUCAUUGGCGACAUGCCUCUGAGCUGCUGAUGUCAUUGAGGAAGGAGGCACUGCAGGCAGACAUGAUCACUGGCUUAUUGAUGUCUGGUCUUUUUGAGGAAGCUGAGUUGGGAUUGGCCUUGGGGAAGAUGCUUGUCGAGGUUGAACGCAUUGGAAGCGGGCUCACGUUGUACUUGAAGCGCAUCCCGGGGGACAAAAGAGCUAUUCAUGAGCCAUCGAGAAUGGAUUGGAUUUGUAAAUGCCUCUCCAGCAAAGUGCAGACAGUUUCGGUGCGUUGA